AUGAUUGAAAAAGAUUUAUGUUUAUCAUCUGUUGAUGAAAAUUUUGAAGAUAAUUUGAUUAUUGAUGAUGAUAAAUUUGAAGAUAAUUUAAUUUAUGAUGAUGAUAAUCAUAAUCUCGAUUUAUAUCCAGAUUUUAUUGAAUCAAAUGGUAGGAUAAAACACUUUAUUUUGUAGUAUUUAUUUAAUGGCGACGAACUUUGAAAUACAGCUUUUUGUUGGUCGUUUUUUUCUUUUUAUUUCUGUUUAACUUUUUGCUCUUUAUGUGAAAUUCAUGUAUAUUUUUCAUUACUUGUCGUCAGGCUUCUAGCCAAGAAUUUUGCAUAUGUUGGAUUUCAGCUUCAGCGCAUGGGACCCAGAUGAAACUUAUGGAGAGUGAUAUUGGACCUAAAUGAUGAGUUUUUAUGAAACAGUUUUUGCGGUCUGAGCUUGCGAAAAAAUUUUUUUUCUGAGCUCCCAAAAUUUUGUUUGCUUUUCGUAGUAUUCC